GGGGGCCCCGGGGGCAGAUUUGAUUGUUUUCUUGGUAGUAUAUAAGGGGUUUUAAGGAGAGUCGUGUGCCAGACACACAAGCCAUUGAACCACAAGCAGCUUCAUUUUAACUGGAGUGGCGAGGAGUCGCGUGCCAGGAGUUGCACCACCGGGGACUGACUGACAGACAGACACGCAACAUCACCAAAACACACAAGACCAAGGGAGCAGCCGCCGCCAAGGGCCCUUGCAUCGACUCUUGGCAAAGGGGCCCUUGGGGAGGAGCUCACCGGGACAAGCACAGCAGCAGCAGCACGCGGUCGCUCUCCAGGUGGCGAGUACAGUCCGGCCGUUCCAGGACGCGGAGAAGUUCAGGGCACAGGCAACACAGGCACAGCUCAAACCAGAGGGAGCGAGCGAUUGAUUAUAAGACGCAAUUAAAGCGAGCCGAUUCGGUGCCUUCCCUUCGCUCGCGGGCAGAAAUGUUCGUCAAAUCCGAAACCCUGGAGAUGAAAGAAGAGGAGGAUGUCUUGGUGCUCUUGGGCUCGUCCUCCCCUUCCUCGUCUUCCCUGACCCCGCUAACUUCCAGCUCUGAAGAAGAGGAGGAAGAGGACUUGGACGCGCCUUCCAGAGGGCGGCGGCCUCGAUUGGCUGAAGCCGAGCAAGUGUCCAGAGCGGGGAUCGGCGGAGAAGGAGGGGGCGGCGGCGGAGGCGGCGGGGCAGAAGUUUGCAAGCCAGCCACUCGCCUCCUGAGCCUGUCUCAUGAGUGCAAGCGCCGGCCGAGCCGGGCCCGAGGGAGUUCCCGGGGCGCCAAGACGGCGGAGACGGUACAGAGGAUCAAAAAGACGCGGAGGCUCAAGGCCAACAACCGCGAACGUAAUCGGAUGCACAACCUGAACGCGGCGCUGGACGCGCUGCGCGAGGUGCUGCCCACGUUCCCCGAAGACGCCAAGCUCACCAAGAUCGAGACUCUGCGCUUCGCCCACAACUACAUCUGGGCUCUCACUGAGACCCUGCGGCUGGCAGAUCACUGCGGCGCCGGGGGCGUGGGCGGCGCCGCUGGCGGCCUGCCCGGGGCGCUCUUCUCGGACGCCGCCGCUGCAGCCGCGCUGCUGAGCCCCGGGGGAGCGAGCGCGGCCCUGAGCAGCUGCGGCGCAGACAGCCCCUCGCCAGCCUCCACUUGGAGCUGCAGCGACAGCCCGGCGUCCGCGUCUUGCACGCCCUCCAGUUCCACCUCCCCCUAUAGCUGCACUUUAUCGCCCGCCAGCCCGGCCAGCUCCGGGGGCGGCUCCGACUUGGACUACUGGCAGCCCCCGCCCCCAGACAAACACCGUUAUGCACCUCUGCACCCCAUAGUCAGGGACUGUAUGUAACACCACGGCUGUCCACAAUGCAUCCUGCGGCCCCCUCCCCCAUACACACACCUUCAGUCAUCCCCUGUUCCCCCCACACCUGCUCAUCAGCUCACUUGACAGUCUAGUUGUAUGUAACAUGGUGGCAAAGUCCAUUGGUUGUGUUUGCUCUGGGUUUCCUUCUUCCGAGUGGACUCCUGGGUAACUUGGGGGUGGGGGUGAGGAAAGGGGUGGGGGUGAUGAUGGUGCAAGAAGGGGCUCUGCCUCGGAGAAAUGGGUUCGAAUUCCGCAUUGUUCUGGAUUCAGUAACUAAAGACCACACCGCUUGGCAGAGGCGCGGGCGGGGGCGGAGGGAACCAGCCAGCCUACGCAACCACAGAUCCGCCCCUCCCCUCCCCCUUUCUCUUUUGGUCUCCUCCAUGUGAACCUCGGAGGGGGAACGCAACUGGUUCGUGUGAUCUUGUCACCUUUGGAUCUCCGUAAAGAUGUUAAUGUCGGCGAGAAAGAACUGUGUCAGCAUCUGAAUGAUAUGACCGGUAACAAUAUUAUCCACAGCUUUGCAAGGGCUAGAGCAUCUGCUUUCUUCCCAUUGCUGCCCGCAGCCUGUGGGAAUUUCACCUGUCAAACCAAACUUUCCCUCUCUGACGUGCACUUUGCUCAGUUUCCCAGAUUUGUCACAAUGCCCUUUGUGCAGCCCUUCUCUUUCCUUUUUCUUCUCCAUUUUGCCAUCUGUCUCUUAUGAUUUAUAAGGGGAAAAUGUUGUUUUGUUAGAGGGCCAGGUUAGAAGUCAUUGUAUAAUUUGUAGGCUUUGUAAUGAUUGAAUGCAAGCGUGGAAAUUUAGGCUGAACUCUCUAUCAAAAGGAAAAAAUGUGGAGGAAAAGGGAAAAAUCGGGAGGGAGGGUUGCUUCAUGCAUUAUUUAUCUCGACCUUUUGGGGGAGGAGGAACUCCCCCAUUCUUUCAAGAGAUUAAAAAUAAAUCAACAGACUGAAAACCUAAGCAGACACGGAGCAUUACCGCGACCAGCCACACACGUGGUCCCUUCUAUUUAUUAUAAAGAAAGAUUUCAUGGGAAAAGUAUGUAUUUUUUGUAUAUUUUACAGAGUUUAUUCUAGUAUGUAUUUACAGCCCGAUAAAUAAGGGGGAAAACUUCUUGUGACUAAAAUAUAAAUAAAGUCUAAUUUUCAUAA